CUUUGGUCACAUGACUAGUCCUUCCGGUUAGGCUAACUUCUUCCUCUUUUUCUGGGUCGGGAAAACAACAACCCAUAACAAUGGGUCGCCGACCAGCUCGAUGCUACCGUUACUGUAAAAAUAAACCUUAUCCAAAAUCUCGUUUCUGUCGUGGUGUUCCUGAUCCCAAGAUUAGGAUUUUUGAUUUGGGCCGCAAGAAGGCUAGAGUAGAUGAGUUUCCACUGUGUGUCCACAUGAUCUCAGAUGAAUAUGAACAGCUCUCAUCUGAAGCUUUGGAAGCUGGACGCAUCUGCGCUAACAAAUAUUUGGUUAAAAACUGUGGCAAAGAUGCUUUCCAUCUGCGUGUGAGGUUGCACCCCUUUCACAUCAACCGAAUCAAUAAGAUGUUGUCGUGCGCUGGGGCUGAUAGGCUCCAGACUGGUAUGAGAGGAGCUUUUGGCAAACCUCAAGGUACAGUGGCUAGAGUAAACAUUGGACAGCCUAUUAUGUCAGUGCGUGCACGUGAGGCUGAUGAAACUAAAGUAAUUGAAGCUCUUCGUCGUGCCAAAUUCAAAUACCCAGGCAGACAAAAGAUUGUUGUUUCCAAGAAGUGGGGUUUCACAAAGUGGCCACGUACUGAUUAUGAACGUAUGCGAGCUGAGGGUAAACUAGUCCCUGAUGGCGUUGGUGUCCAGUACAAGCCAAACCAUGGUCCACUUAUUGAUUGGAAGGACAGACAGACCGCUAGUUGAAUAAUUUAAUUUCUGACUAAAUAAACACUUGUUAGUGUA